AAUAAUUGUUGAACAACGUGUGUAAAACUGUCGCUGACUGAAAUAUGUUACUUUCUAAAAUAAUACUGACAAAAUAAACACAUAUUCAACAAUGUGAAAGCGCUCAAUCCAAGUUGCAUCAAUCAAAAGCAGACGCGUGUGUUCAUAAAUAGGCAACGUCAACCAACAUCAAUCAUACUUCAACCUUCAGAGUUCAGACUGAUAUCGACAUGGCUGAUUUUAACGACUACCAGUCUCAAUUCUUUUAUCAACCCAUUGCUGCUGAAGAAUGGAUCCGUCAAUACCAAAGGAUUGACCGUCAGUUGGCAGAACUCCAAUUCCGAUUGGAAAUCGGCAAUGAUCUUGAUUUGAUCCACAAGACUGUCUCGGGUCAUUUACAGGAGCUUAAAUGCCUUUAUUCGUCCCUGCUGGGUUCUGAAUAUGACGAUCUGGGCAAGCGAAAAAUGGUGAUCGAACUAAUUGCCACUGCCACACGCCUUUUGAGCCAAAUCGAACAGCGUAAGCAAUUUAAGGAUCGUUUGACACCAGUUUUUCCCAACACAGGAGACCAGCAGAUGAAAAUGGAAGAGCACAAAUUGCUGGGCAUGAAACAACUACACCGAAGCGUCGAAAGCCUGAAUGAUGUUUUCAAAAGUCUAGCUCAACAUGUCGCAGAUCAGGACAGCUUGGUGGACAGCAUCGAAUCGCAAAUCGAAUGGACUAGCGAAAAUAUCAACGAGGGAUGUCAACAACUGAUUGAAGCGAAAAGUUCCCAAAAUGGAAAACGUUGGCUCAUUGCUAAAUUUACUCUGGUCGCUACAUUUAUCGUCGGUAUCGGACUUCUUCUGCUCUAGAUGAAUUGACUUGUCGUCCCCCGCAAGAAUACUCCAUAAAUCACAUCUUCUUUUACGAAAUACAGUCUUGGAAAUUGAUUUGAAAUAAACGUCAUAAUAAUAUCUACUUAGUUCGCUUUCUGUCUACCUAUUUUUAAUUAACAACCACGCAAAAAUUUAAUCACACGUAGCUUAUAUUUGUUUUCAAUAAAUCUCUGAACAUUUCAAUCCAUUUCAGUAAAACCCAAAAGCAAAAUUAAUUACCUCACGGUGGCAAUUAAUGAAUGUGAAGAGAAACGAGAAUAUGACUAAGAAUAUGACUAAACAUUUAUAAAGGUUUUCUCAAGAAAAUAUGAAAUCAAUACGAUGGCGCUGCCCUCUGAUAGCUGGCGGGAUACGACACAGUAGUAGUGUAGUAUGAU